UUGUCGCCACAAUUCAGUGAUAAUACAAAUGGCGGUCGAAGAGCACGAACUCCACAGUCGACUGACAGACACGACGCCCGACUCAUCCACUUUGGAGACAACUGUCCGCUCGCGCCGACCCCGGGGUUUGUUCAGACAGUUGGCUAACCGGUUGAGGACCGCCGCACACCUGUCCCGCGCCCGCAGAGCCGACGAGCUGUCGGAGCCCACCGUCGGGCUAGUAGUGGACGAUCACGAGCUGUAUAAGCGGCCGAUCGCCAGAAGCACGUCGCGAAUAAACGGCGCUAAAAUGCCCGCCAAUAACAUACCGGCGCCGCCUGUGGACAGACAAAUAUCACAGGCCAGUGGUGUCGUGGGAACCGAUGUCUUCGACAACAACCGGUAUAUCCUUUCGCACGGGAAGUGUCACUUUUGGCGUAACUACGCCUACCAAGAGGGCCACCCAUACCUCAAAGUGUCACACGAUGUCCACAUCGAAGAUAUCGCGUAUAUAAUGCACCGGAACUGGAGGAUGGAGUCGCCGCGAAUCGUAGCCCUUAUUAUCUCAAACGUGGCGCCACUUCGGGACUGGACUAACGCCAGACAAAUCGCCGCCUUUAAGAAGGGCUUAAUGAAGGCGGCCAACUCGACCAAUAUGUGGAUAUUUACUAAUGGGUUAAAUAUGGGCGCCUCCCGUCUCAUUGGGGAUGCCGUUGAGAACGAGAUCAAGGAGUGGAAGGCCUACCGGGCCUCCAGUUCCGAGAAACCAAUGCCUCAUCUUAAUGUGGUUGGAAUCAUGAGGGAAGACCACCUCAGAUACGGUGACCACAUCGACAGCGUUAGAAAGGGUUGA